AUGUCUGUUCAACCUAUUGAAUUGAUGGUGGUGAUACCAAAGGAACGAUUUUCAAAGAAGAGUAACGGAGUGGAGUCGAUGCGAGCAGAGGUUGCUAUACUUCAACGUGUCAAUCAUAGCGGGAUCGUUCGUCUGGAAUUUAUGUGUGAAACAAAAGACAAAAUAUUUGUGGUUAUGGAAAAGCUGAACGGAGACAUGCUGGAACUGAUCCUUAGCCAGGCAGCCGGACGCUUAGACGAGCGGGCCACGCGUUUCCUUCUCGUGCAGAUCCUUUCGGCUCUUAAGUACCUUCACAAGCAAGGUAUCGCUCACUGCGAUUUGAAACCGGAGAAUGUCCUUCUAUCAGAGUUGAACACAAACUUCCCGCAAACAAAAAUCUGUGACUUUGGCUAUGCCAGAUUUAUACCCGAAUCACAAUUCCGAAAAACAAUUGUGGGAACACCUGCUUAUCUGCCACCGGAAGUACUGCUCCGACAGGGAUACAAUAAGUCGCUAGACAUGUGGUCUGUUGGUGUGAUCAUCUACGUGACUCUAUCAGGCACUUUUCCAUUCAAUGAAGGAGAUGAGGUAAUGAACGAGCUCGAGAAGUUAAAAAUAUUGUUGACGAUAAUUCCUAGCGUAACCAAAUAUGCAUUUUCAAAGUCAAACAGAUUUUACUUCACGAUUUACUGA